AAAGAAAAGUAGUUCUCCCCACUCUAGGCUUAGCCCCCUCUAUAUUAUACUUAGUCCUAUUCUCUCUUUGAAACCUCAAAAGAGAAGGCAAGUUGCCUAUAUAUCUAAAUGAAUGAAUGAAGUCUAGAGAGAGAAAGAGGAGGGAUAAAGAGAGAGAAGGGUGCUGCUUUCGGCCAAUCCUUGAAAAACUGGCCUCGUCUAUGCAGUAUUGGGCAGCUAGCUAGGGAUGGAGGGAGGAUAUGUAGACAAGAGAGAGAGAGAGAUCUAGUUCUACAGUUGGAAGUGAGAAUUACCAACAACAUUUUUUUGCAACCAACAACCUUUUUUUUUUUUUUUUUUUGAAGUCUAUGGUCCUAGGUUCUUUAUGUUGCAUCAAGAGACAACAUACAGUUCCAUGGAUGAAGCAUUAUUAGUAUUUUUUUAGUAAGUAGACUGCACAGAGGAAUUUUUACACUCUCAAACAAUCUAGAGAGAGAGAGAGAGAAAGAUUUCUUGGUUUUGCUUCUUGAUUAGACUGUGCUGAUCAGAAUUCAGAGAAAAAGGAAAGAAGGAAAAUUAAAACAGAAUUUCUCUUCAUCAUCGUGUUCCUCGAUUCGGCGGGUGUGAGAAAUGUGGGAUCUCAACGAUUCGCCGGAUCAAAGGAGGGACGACGAAUCCGAGGGGUGCUCCGACGACAAGGGCAAGCGCGUUGGAUCCAUGUCGAAUUCGAGCUCGUCGGCCGUGGUGGUGGAGGACGGCUCCGACGACGAUGAGGCCGCCGCCGCCGCCCGGAAGCGGAGCAGCAAGAUAUUCGGCUUUUCUGUCUGCGAAGACGACGCCGAUGACGACGACGCCGACGCCGGGCCGUGCUCCUCUCUCGUCACAAGGCAGUUCUUCCCGGUCGAUGACUCGGAAGCGGCGGCGGACGGCGGAGGCUCCGCCGCCUUCCCCCGGGCGCACUGGGUCGGAGUUAAAUUCUGCCAAUCCGAGCCCCACGCCUCCGCCGCCGCUGUAUUCGGGAAGUCGGCCGCGGAGGUGGCGCAGCCUCUGAAGAAGAGCCGCCGCGGGCCCCGCUCCCGGAGCUCGCAGUACCGCGGCGUCACGUUUUACCGGCGAACCGGCCGUUGGGAAUCGCACAUAUGGGAUUGCGGAAAGCAAGUGUAUUUAGGUGGAUUCGAUACAGCCCACGCCGCUGCCCGUGCAUAUGAUAGAGCAGCCAUUAAAUUCCGAGGAGUCGAAGCAGACAUCAACUUUAGUAUAGAGGAUUAUGAAGACGACUUAAAACAGAUGAGCAAUCUAACAAAGGAGGAAUUUGUGCACGUACUGCGUCGGCAAAGUACUGGUUUUCCAAGAGGGAGUUCAAAAUAUAGAGGUGUCACUUUGCACAAAUGUGGUAGAUGGGAAGCUAGGAUGGGCCAAUUUCUAGGCAAAAAGUAUGUCUAUUUGGGUCUCUUCGAUACUGAAGUCGAAGCUGCAAGGGCUUAUGAUAAAGCCGCCAUAAAAUGUAAUGGCAAGGAAGCUGUUACCAAUUUCGAUCCCAGCAUUUAUGAAGAUGAACUAAAAUCAGCAGAAUCUUCCAACAAUGCAGCAGAUCACAAUCUUGACUUGAGCUUGGGUAAUUCUGCUUCACAGCAGCAGCAGCAUUCGUUGCCGCAGUUUGAAGUUGAACACUGCAGAAACCAGGCAUUGAGGCCUGAGUUGAUUUCUCAGAAAAGAGAUGGAUACAACGAGACAGAAACCUUGCAGCUUCUAAGCCAAGCACACCUACAUUCUCCGGAGUCAUUCAAGAUGAGCAACGAAGCCCCCCGAUACGCCCAUCAUCCAAUGUUCAAUAGGCCAUACAACUCGCAGAACUACCACAUUCAUCAGUUCUCAGAGGGCGGGAGGAACGUAGGAGGAGAGGUUUCAGUGUCGAGAAAUGAACAGCAAUGGCAAAUGAAUCAAGCUCAAAUGUUUGCUAAUGCUGCAGCAUCAUCAGGAUUCCCAUCUGCGCAGACGUUUAGACCUCAAAAUUGGAUUCAGAAAAAUGGGAUCCAUCCUCUCAUGAGACCAUCCUAGUUCAUCUUUGCUGCCCAUUAAUUUUCCCUUGGUUUCUGAUUCAGCCAUAUCAGAGAAUGGAAAAAGAAUAUCUCCAUUUUUCUGUAAGUCUGUAAAGAUUCUUGCUUUGAGCCUCUUCCCCCUUUUCCCCUUUAUUUUAACAUAUUAAAUAACACCUCCUUUUUACCACGGUUUAA